GAUACAUGCUUAGAAACUCAAACAAGAAAUUAAUUAUUAAUACUAGUAUCGACUAUUUAAUUGUUUAAUAUAGAUUCCUAUCUUUGAUUUACGUUAGCUCCUGAACUAUACAUCACAUUCACACCCAAACAUAAGUAUAUAUAUAUAUAUAAUUUAUAUUCGUACUAAUUAUACAUGUGCAAUAAACAGUUUGAUGCUCAUAUAAACGGUUCUUAUUCUUUGAAAAGAUCAUGGAGUGCGCCGUCGGCACCGCUUUAUCAUAUAUUAGGUGGAAAACUUAAAACGAGUGCGUCUAAUUCACAAAAAAGGGACGUCAAACUUUCAAUCUUCCACGCUGCGAAGGCGGCGAAUAAUCCUCGCAUCCGAGCAUCCCGACUUGGGGUUCUCUUUCCCGCAAUUGGCGAUGAAGAAGGCCGAAAUACUAUUACUAAUAAUCAUCAUGAAAUUAAUGGUGGUGAAGAAUAUAACAAUAAUCAUAGCAUUGAUAAUAGUAUUCAACAAACCCGUUGCUUCACGUCAUCGAAAACGAAUGAUUUAACCACCUCGCAGGGCACUUCUCCAAAUUCUCAGAGAUGCGAUGAAGGGAAAGAAGCUUCUUAUCCUAUUACUUCUUCCUUUUGUCCUCUGUUGGAAAACCGGAAAGAAGAGGAAGAAAAAGAAUGGUGCUAUGAUACGCUUAAAGAGCAUCUAGAGGCUGCUACUAGUCAAAUUCAUUUGCUAAGCUCCGCGAAUGAGCUAACACUAAAGCGGUACAACAUACUAGAGAAGGAAAGUCAACAACUCCGCGUAAUGAAUGAAUCUCUAAGGAUCGAAAAUGAAGUUCUUAAACGUGAGUUAGCAAUUAAAGAGAGUGAGAUUGACGAGCAGCUUCACCUUACCUGCGAAUUGCAAAUAGAAUUGCAGAAAGUAACGGAGAUUGCCAUGAAUGGGGAGUAGGACUUUUGAGUAGUGUUAAUAAUGCUUUUCAUACAUAAGUAUUUGAAUCUAUAUAUAUUAAUUUGUGAACUUUUUGUUGUUGAGUUCAAAGUGUACUGUUUGUUUUGUCUCUUUUCCUCUAGUGCGUUCUCACUUUUUGUAAAUUUUGACCGAGCAUAUGACAUAUUUAUGUGGUGCCCGAUUUACCUAACGUAUCGAUGCAAAGGCAAGUAGAAAAUAAAAAGCAUCAUAGAAGAGAAAGGAUGAGGAGAAUAGUUAGAAAUGAAGAGCCUAUAGAAAUGCUUUUAGUUUACCAUUCCAGUGUAAUUUUACCCUUUGCUGCCUUUGAUUUUAUUUUAUCUUGUAUUAACCCCUAUUUCUUUCCCUUCUUCUCCUGACCUUUUAUGUGCGCUCAUGCUGGGUAACGCCAUUUAAA